AUGGUGAUAUCAGCACAGUCGGAGGUCGUGGCUCUGAUGGGCCUUAUUGGCGAAGGAGUGGUCCCUGGCAUUGGGCUGGAGGAAAAUAUCAGUCUCCUAUUUGGCGUGAGCAACCUGGCCGUGAAGAAGGACAGCAAGGCGGCGGCAUCCUCGUCGUCGGCGAAGCACGCCAAUGCCGGCAGCGGGAAGCAGCAGCAGAAGAAGAAGAAGUGGAGCAAGGGAAAGCAGAAGGAGAAGCUCAGCAACGCCGUGCUGUUCGACCAGGCCACCUACGACAAGAUGCUGUCCGAGGCGCCCAAGUACAAGCUCGUCACACCAUCCGUCCUCUCGGAGCGCCUUAGGAUUAAUGCGUCCCUGGCUAAGAGGGGCAUCAAGGACCUGAUGGCAAGGGGGCUCGUGAGGGAGGUGUCCCUUCAUGCCAGCCAGCAGAUUUUCACCAGGGCCACCAAUGUACCAUCGAGUUAA